AGACAACGUUGCUGCUUUAUUUUCUUCUAUUUCUCUACACGUUUAUCAAAUAACAGUUUUGCAAAGGAUUUCUAUUCAUAACAAGCAGUAACUUCAACUAUGUAACGUAGAUAAACAGAUGGCGCACUUCAACGAGCAAAUUAAAUGAAGACAGCUCUGUCAUUAAUUUUACAAUUCUGCAGGCGGAAUAAAGCAUUUAAUAACAGUGUAUAAAUUUAAAACACAUUGGAUUAGAUAUCAGGGCCAAAUAUCAGGGGUUAAUGAUCUAGGCCAGUAUGACGUUUGGAAUAUUUCUACUUGUUGCUGCACUUAUGGCUGGAGUAGAGAGCGUACCUACAAUCAGCUCAAUCAACAAUCUGUCAUCAAUGCUAAUGAAAGGCUACAAUAAGAACACUCUACCAAUCGCAGACUUUGACGGGAAAUUUGAGCUAAAUGUUGAAGUAUUUCUAGUCGCUCUAGGUGACAUUGACGAAAUCGAGGAGAGACUAUCUACUGUGCUGAUGUUUAUCUAUACCUGGAAUGACGUAAGUAUGAGGUGGAACUCAAGUGAUCAUAGUGACAUACAGAACUUAACAAUGACCUGGUCUAAAGUCUGGAAACCUAUCUUACUCGUGAUUAAUCCGCAUCAGGAGGCUACACAGAGUCAUUCCGAAAGAACCUCGAUGACUGUCGGAUAUACGUCAGACGGGCAAGCGAGACUUCUUGAACUGGUAACCUUUCAUACCACAUGCGAUCUGGACACAACCGCCUUUCCUUUUGAUAUUCAAAUUUGCAGUAUUCAAUUAUACAUUUCUGAAAACGAUGCAUAUGAAAUGCGCGUAAACCCGUCCUGGUCAAAGUCUGGAAAUUUUGAGAAAGAAAAUGGUGCCUGGAAACUAAUUGGGAGAAACAUUGUUGGAGGUGACAAGUCUGGUUUUGUCAUAUCUUUUCAGCUGGAGCGGAAACCUUUAUUCAUGUUGGUAAACAUUCUGUUACCGAUUAUCGUUCUUGCAUUGCUGACUCCACUCGUAUUCCUGAUGCCUAAAAGUUCUGGAGAGCGUGUUGGAUAUGCUAUCACCACUUUACUUGCUAUAUCAGUGUAUAUGACAAUUAUAAGUGACCAUCUGCCCCAGAACUCUGAUCCAAUGCCUCUUGUUUCUAUCAUGAUCUUUGUAUGGUAUAUCAUGAACUCUAGUAGUGUAUUUAUAGUGAUUUUGAACACGAAGAUUAACCAUAUUAAAGACAAACGACCACUUCCAUUUCUGUUAAGGAAGUUUGUGUACUUAACCCGCAGAAUUCGGCGUGUGAAGCGGUUACAUGUAUCAGUCACAGCAGAGGGGGCCAGAUGUCUUGCUGACAAUAACGAUGACGAUGUCGAAAAGGUGAAGGUAAAUGGAAAUGACGAACUUCCUGCAGAAAAAGCGGAAGAACAUCAUCACGCUGUUGUGACGUGGCAGGAGCUGAGCGUUGCCAUUGACAAAUGGUGUUUUGUUCUUAGCUAUCUUGUUAAGAUAUUAAUUCCUGUUAUAUUCUUUUCCCUCAUGAAAUCAAAGAGACCAUCGCCUGAUAAGUGGUCAUAAUUCACAUUGAAUGAACAAUCGUCUGUGAAAACUAAAAGAAUAUAAAAUCGUGUAGUCUAUGCGACGUCACCUUAUAUUCAACAAGACCAAAAUUCACCUUUUGUCAUGUUUUCAUGCAUGUUUUGUACUUUAUCUAUCAAUUUAUUUUUGUGAAUGAAAUAUUGUUUUUACAGUAGCCUGCGCCUAUAAUGUCAGAAUAACUCUACACAAUAUCAUUUGUCUAUGUUAUGUUGUCCGACUUUGAAACAGAAAAUACGUUUACAUAUUUCAUUAACUUUUAAUUAAUAUUUACAGAUAUAAAUUUCAACAUGACAAAUUCUGCAUUUCAAUUAUCCCUAAAAAGAAACUUCCACGCUCUUUGCAGAUUUACUAACAAUAAUAUGUUUUCAAAUUUAUUAAUGG